UCUGUGCGCAGUGCAAAAUUAUCAGAUAUAAUGACUAGCUUUGAGACACAACUAGUCAAGGCAUUGGCUGAGCCUGUUGAGUCCCUCUUUGAAGCAGGGGGAAAAGACACUUGGCUUUCUAUCAGAAAACUUCUUAAACGUGAGACUGAAGCUGUUGUAUCAGAAUUUUCAACUUCCAUUGCUGGUUUUGAGCUUGAUGAAGAAACAAUUGAAAGAAUGCAACAAAGCCUAAGGGACCAUGGAAGAAAAGUGGUGGAAAAUAAAGCAAGAGAAGAAGCUGGAAAGAUUCUUAUUCGCAUGAAGGAUAGGUUCUCCACAAUAUUCAAUCAUGACAAUGAUUCACUACCUAGGGUUUGGACUGGGAAGGAAGAUAUCAGAGCAAUUACAAAGGAUGCUCGCUCUGUGGUAAUUGAUUGCAAACUUCAAUGAAUUGUUCUAGUUCUUUUAGGCUAUUAUGUUUUUUUUUGCUGGGACCUUGGAUGUUUAACUCACUUGAGAGAGUGUGUUCUCAAGAUCUCUUUUUAUGUUAAUAAAUUUUCAUUAAAAAAAUAUGUAUAUUCAGGUCA